AAGUGGAACUUUCGGCCACGUGGUCCGAGUAUGUUCACUUCCAAUCAUUAAUAUACGUAGAGUGGACAGCAGAGGAGGAUUAACCGAGAUAUUUUGUUGUUAUUGAAGGCUGAGGCCCUUAACGCUUAGGCUAUACUUUGAAGCCUACAAUUUCCCAACAUGGUUCCCAUGACCACCACAUCGACUCCACUCUAGGAAGUUAGUUUGCAAUUAUGUCCAAAAUAAGAUAAGAUUCAUUCCGAAGGCUGGGCCCUGUCCACUUGCCUUCCGCUUACUCAGUUUUCUUACUUCCCUCUCCCUCCGCCAGCAAGCAGAAGUCCCAAAAAAAUUUUCGUUGCUGUUUUUUAACCGCUCGGAUGUGAAAGUAUUUGUCACUGUUUCACUGUUAACCACAUGACCAAAGCAUAUCUUAUUUUGGCGCCUGGUUUUUAGUCUGAGGCGAACGGAACAAAAGACUAAAAACUUAGCCUGAAAUUAAAUAACAGGCGGAGGAUAUGGCGCCUGUGCCACCUAAGGAGGUUGCAGGGGCUGUGGUGUUGGCGUUGCAAGGGGAAGGAGGAAAGGGGCCCGGCUUUUGAAGACUCUUCUAGAGUACGGACUGCUAGAUUUAACCCAAGAUGAGAAGUUACCCACGUUUGAAAUUGAUGUUACGAAUUAAAGGCAUAUAAAGAAAAUUUCACUCAGCUGCUCCAUUUUAGGUUUUUGUUGGAAUUUCUUUCUUGAUCCUUUUUCUAGUUAUGUUCUCUAUUUUUUUUUUUUUCUUUUUAGUUUAGAUUGUUAGUAGCAUAUUAGAAUUUUAAUUUAAUGAUUAAAUUUAAAUUCGGACAGUUUUAUUAAAAAAAUAUUAACACAAAUUGAUCUUUGAAUGAUGAGUCUAACUCUAAUCCCACAAGUGAACCGGCAAUUUGUGGGUUGAAUGUCAAUUUCUUUGUCAUCUUUUCCUUUUUGGUUGCUUAAUGGAUGUGAAACCUGAGAUGUGGGGUUUGCAAUUGCAGUUGAAUGUCAAAUCUGGGUUUGCAAUUCAGACAGCUAAAUGCUAAAUUGCAUGUCUCUCGACCCAUUGAUAAACCUCUUUUUGAGAGAGUUCUAUUAGUUUAUUUGUUGGCGCUUCAACAGGAUUGGGUUAUCCAUUACCGGUUCCUUGUGUUAUCGUCUUUGCUCUCUAUGUCGAAGGGUAGAGUCUAAUUACCUAUACGAUUCGAUCAGUUGAAGUUAAAAUCAUCACAUUUUAUUGCAAGUUACAACUUCAUUUUUAUAUUCCCUCCUUUUAGGUGAGAGGAUUAUUAGCGUAGAAAAUAAGAGUUGAGGAUUGAAAUCCCAAAAAAAUAAAAGCCAAUAGGGUGUUGAGUGAUCUACCCUUUCAUUUUUUUGGCAAAAAAAGCUCCAUUCCAAGGGCCAACUUCUAGAAAAACCAGAGGCUGAACUAGGUUCGUGAUUUUCUCGAUUUCUGUUUUCGGACAUUGGGACAAGACCUUCCGUAGAUCGACAACAGGCAUUGAGGUUAAGAUCCCAGAAGUAAUAACAUCAAGGCAGUUACCAAAAGUGGAAGAAUAUCAUUAUUCCUUAUCACAUUCCAUACAAUUAUUUGUUUUUAACAAUUUUCAUUUAUUUAGACACGUGUAUUACCUUCGUCUGCCAACUAACUUAAGUACAUUGUACGUGAAAAGAAUUAGAGUCCUGCCAACUAAUCCCCAAAAAAAAAGGUAUGGCUUCUCCUAAUUUAUUCAUCAACAUAAAUAUCUGUCCUUGUUCAUCGGACAUAAACGCUAUUAACAGCUCAUAAAAUAAUUGUACUAUAUUUCCUUUUAUCUUUAAAGUGUUUUGCACCAUGUGCGAUGUGCCUAUACAUUUUGUGAAUUUGAAUGCACUUUUGGGAAUUAUGAGUAUCAUGUUUCAUUUACAACUACUAAUGAGCUGUCCUGGGUUGACCAAUUUUAUAAUGAGACACCUAACAAAUCAUCGUGGGAAUAAGUGGUCUGCUGCUACAAACUGAUUUUAAGAUCAUAUCUUGGUUUUCAAUUAAAGUAACCGUUCCUUUUUUCUUCUAAGGUCCAAAGAACCAUAUUAAUACAUUCUAUUUACCAAAUUAAAAUUCUCUCCACCAAAGGUCAUAUCUGCAAAUAUUGCUAGAAUUGUCCAGGAUGUAUUAUUUUUGGUGGCUCCAAUGUGUUCUUCACCUGCUUGUAUGGGGCUCAACCCUGCAAACCAUCCAGGCAAUUCCGCCACAGGCCCCGGUUCAAUGCAACGGAACUAUCUGCACCCUUUACAAUUCCUAUGGUGCAUGGGGAGAUCGAAAGGACUGCCAUGUUAAAACUGUUGCAUACCCAACAACAGAAGAAGAGCUUCGCUUGGCCGUGGCCCAUGCCAAUAGAAACAAGCUUAGGGUGAAAGUAGUUAGUAAAUUUUCACACACCAUUCCAAAACUAGCCUGCCCUUCCACACAGCAGUCCGAUGAUUCAUUAUUGAUUAGUACAGCAAAAUAUGAUUCGCACAUCGAAAUUGACUCAGCCAAUUUUGCUGUGACAGCCGAUGGUGGAGUGGCGCUACGAAAACUGAUUGAUAAGGUUGAAGAAGCUGGGCUAAGUCUAGUCGCGGCGCCGUAUUGGGAGGGUGUGAGCGUAGCUGGGCUGAUAAGCACCGGGGCACAUGGAAGCUCAUGGUGGGGAAAAGGAGGAGCUGUUCAUGAUCAUGUCAUUGGCCUCAGCCUUAUUGUUCCUGCUAGUGAAUCAGAAGGGUAUGCAAAAGUAAUCCAAAUUGGGGCUCAAGAUCAACUUCUUAAUGCGGCAAAAGUAUCAUUAGGAACUUUGGGGGUCAUCUCUAAGGUCACUUUUUCUCUGGAGCGAGGAUUCAAGAGAAGCAUUAAAUAUAAUUUCACUGAUGAUUCUUUAAUUGAAAAUGAAUUCAUCGAACAUGGAAAAAAAUAUGAAUUUGGAGACAUCGCUUGGUAUCCAUCAAAACAUACAGCUGUGUAUAGAUAUGACAACAGAGUUUCCAUGGACGCCCUUGGCGAUGGAAUUAACGACUUUCUUGGGUUUCAAGACAACGAAAUCUUGGUCUCCGAAUCAGUCAGAGCAACAGAAAAAGCACUCGAGAGUGCCAAAAACGUCAAUGGAAAAUGCAUACUGGCGGCUACUACUUUGGCGUACAAGAAACAGAUUGCCAAUGGAUUGAAGAAUAAUGGCCUGAUUUUCACGGGUUACCCAGUUGUGGGUCGCCAAGGAAAAAUGCAAACAUCGGGUUCUUGUUUAUAUUCACCAACCAUAAGAAUAGAUAGCUCAUGUCCUUGGGAUCCAAGAAUUAAGGGACUUUUCUUUUAUGAGUCAACUGCAAUAUUUAGUGUGACAAAGUUUGGAGACUUCAUCCGAGAUGUUAAAAAAUUAAGGGACCUAAAGCCAGAAAAUUUUUGUGGGGUGGAUCACUAUAACGGCUUUUUGAUACGUUACAUCAAGGCUUCACAGGCAUAUCUAGGUCAAUCCGAGGACUCCAUAGUUGUUGAUUUCAACUAUUAUCGUGCUGAUGAUGCUUCAACUCCAAGGUUAAACGAAGAUGUAAUGGAAGAAGUUGAGCAAAUGGCUUUCUUUAAAUAUAGGGCUAGACCACAUUGGGCCAAGAAUAGGAACCUGGCAUUCUUCAAUGUGCAAAGUAAGUAUCCAAACUAUAAUAAAUUUCUUUCAGUAAAGAAGCGAUUGGACCCAAAGAACAUCUUCUCCAGCGAAUGGUCAGAUGAGAUAUUAUUUGGUACAGGAGUUAAAAGUGAUGGAUGUGCCUUAGAAGGGCUGUGCAUAUGCUCAGAAGACAGACAUUGCAGUCCAAGCAAAGCGUACUUUUGCAAACCUGGUCUUGUUUACAAUGAAGCUAGAGUAUGUAGAUAUUCGCCAGCCACCGUACUGUGAUAUUUUUCAGUAGAUUCUUCUGCAAUUUUUUAUUCCAAAGUAACAAUUCUUAUCUGAUUGCAAAGAGAUACAGUGGUGAACAUGGUUAUUUUAGACAUUAUAAUUUGAUUCUGAUGCAGUUUGAAAUGUU